UUCACUGAUGAAAGUGGCUGAGUGUCAACAACGGCCCAAAUAGGCAGUAACCACCGUCCGGAGUAGGGAGAAGGGGAGAGAAGUGGCAGGUUAAACGUCUGGAUAUUUGUCUGAGAUGGGGGAUGAUCGGCCUUUUGUAUGCACUGCCCCUGGAUGUGGGCAGAGAUUUACCAAUGAAGACCAUCUAUCAGUCCACAAACACAAGCAUGAAAUGACUCUGAAAUUUGGUCCUGCCAGAACAGACUCUGUUAUCAUUGCAGACCAGACCCCUACACCUACACGUUUCCUGAAGAACUGUGAAGAGGUUGGACUGUUCAAUGAGCUGGCCAACUCCUUUGAGCAGGAGUUUCACAAAGCACACGAAGAUGACCAGAGGACCAAAAACCCAGCUGCACCUUUACAGACGCCAUCUGAAAUCAAGGAUGAGGAUGAGGGACCUUUGCAAGUUGAUUCAUCACCUCCAGGAAGUCCAGACUCUACCUCCAGCAUGUCAGACAGCAGCAAAGAGCUGGGGCCAAGAGGCAAGGAGAUUCCCUCAAAGCCUGUAGCAAGUUCUGCCCCCACCCCAACCAUCGUGCGUCCAGGUUCUCUGCCCCUUCACCUUGGUUAUGAUCCACUGCACCCAACUCUGCCCUCUCCAACGUCCGUCAUCACGCAAGCUCCACCCUCCAACAGACAGCUGGGCUCUCCAACAGGAUCUUAUCCACUGGUUAUGCACCUCCCCAACGGACAGACUGUCCCUCUCCUCCCCAGCCCAGUGCAAAUGCCCUCAGUCAUAUCCCUUGCAAGGCCAGUGAACACGGUACCUAACAUCCCUGGGAUUCCAGGCCCUCCAGUGGGCGGUGCCAGCAGUGGGUCCUCCUCGCCAUCUGGGUAUAGUCUGCACUCUGAGACCAAGAUGCGGCUCAAGGCAGCGCUAACUCAGCAGGGCCCAGGCGCUCAGAAUGGGGCUGGAGGAGGGACAGGCUCCAUCCCUGCUGUCCCCCAGAGACAGGAGCAGAGCCAGCAACCCAACCAGAACUCUGACACACCCUCACCUGCCCAGCCACAGGUGUCCCCUGCCCAGCCAACAGGGGGCCGGCGGCGGCGAGCUGCCGAAAUGGACCCUGACGAGAGGAGACAACGCUUUCUCGAGAGAAACCGGGCGGCAGCCUCCCGCUGCAGGCAGAAACGAAAGGUCUGGGUCAGCUCCCUGGAGAAGAAGGCAGAGGACCUUGCCAACAUGAAUGUUUCUCUGACUAAUGAAGUAACCCUAUUGAGGAACGAGGUGGCUCAACUGAAACAGCUCCUCCUAGCCCACAAGGACUGCCCCGUCACAGUCAUGCAGAAGAAGGCUGCUUUCCUUGCUGCAGGAGGCGAGGAAACAUCCAGGGACCCCUCCGCCGAGCCCAUCGGCUCCCCAGCGGCAGUCAUCCAACACGGGCCCUCACCCCCAGCCCCUCCCUCUAGUCCAGGGGCCACCAUUAAUGGCCUGAGUGUCCGCGCUGCAGAGGCUGUGGCCAUGUCGGUCUUAGCUGGAAUGGGAGCGGGCCAGCCCGGAGGGGUUGUCAUGACUACGCAAUCACAGCCAGCAACCAGAUGAUGCGCUGGCGCAGGUAGCCAGCAUGAACUCAAGUGGCUUUUGGAGGCCUGACUGGUGCAAGGUGUUUGAUGAGGGACCUACCCGUUGUUGACAUUGCUCUCCCAGCCCUCCCAGAUCCCCCAAACCUGCCCAAGAUGCUCUCCUCCCCCCACAGCCAAAUGAUGAUAAUCACUGAACACAUGACGUCGAGCCUCUGUCACCCCUCAACAGGUCCCUGUUCAGAGACACUUUGUCAUUCUGUGUAUGUACAUAUUAUUAACACAUCUGACACUCACUCUACAGGCUUUGGAGUCAUUCCUUUUCAUUUUUGACAGUUGGAAAAGUUUAUAGAAUGGGGAAAAAGUAUUAAUCAGAAAUCCUUCCAUCAGAGCACAGUUACUUUUUUUCCAUUUGUGCUUCAACUCAACCCUGGCACGUGCAUUGCAUUGUGAUGUUAUUGGGUACUUUCAAGGCUGAGAAUUUUGCUUUAUGGUGUCUUGUAUCUACCACCUGUAUGAAAAGAUUUAAAUGGAUGAUACUGGCAGUUAACAUAUGAUUAUGUUUUACUGAUGUAUUGAAAUUACCCUGUGAGCCUGGGUGAGUGACCGCAGAAAUAGGCAGCCCGGAAAGUGUCUUUUGAGGCUACUUCCCAAUCUUUUCUUCCAUCUGCAUUUCCCUAUUAUGAGUUUUUUUUCCUCAGUGUACAUGUGUUAAUUUAGUUGCCCUAGUACAUGCAUUGUUUGCAUUACUUCGUUUUUGUCAUAGAGUGUGCCUAACUUAGGCCUUUUUUUUAAAACCAUGAAUUUAACCCAUUUGGGAUGUUGGUGCAUCUGGACAAUAUGUAUGAAACCCAGUUGACUGCAUGGAUUACUGGAGGCUGAAGAAUACCACUGUUUGUGUCUGGUCAUAUUAUUGCUGGUUUUAUUGAUCUGCUUUUCUUCUGUUUUAUAACAUCAAAUGAUUGAUGCAAAAAUGUCCUUGUUGUGUAAGGAUUCCAUCCUCAGUCCUAAUAUAACAAACUUGAAAUGGUUAGCUUUAGAUACCCUUUAUAUGAUAAUCAAACCGAAUAGAUUUUUAAAUCAUUUUACCCAGGCAUUUCAGUUGAGGAAAGAGUAGUGCAAUAUAUUUUUGUAUUGAAUAUCAGUGCUUUUUGCAUUUAGCUGAUGUGUGUAGCCCAGCCACUCAGAGAGGUUAGGUCUAUUUCAGUUGAAAGCAAAAGAAAUUGGAUGACCAGAGAAAAUGUGAAGAUAUUAUUCUUGAAUGGUUAGAUCACACCUAUAGAGAAUUAUAGCUGUCCUAGUCCCGGUUGCUUUCCAACAUUUGAAAAGCUGUCCUGUGUCAUCAAAUAUACUACUUGUGUAAGGUGCUUAUUUUGAAAUUUGAGUUCCUAAAAGCAGCUUGUCAUUUUUUUACCACAUUGUACUUCUGAGAUUAUUGUUUUUUUUCCUUGUCAAGUUUUUUUUUUUCUUUUUCAUAACAUGUCACUUUUUUAAAUGUUUUACUAGGCAUGUUAGGCUUUUCCUUCAUGUUAUAGUACAUCCCCAUACCAGAGUAAAAUUGGCUUGGUGUAUGAUAACCUGCUCAGAAGAUCUGCAAAAGGUUUAGUUGAUGAAUCAAACCUCCUUAAAUCAGUAAAGUAUGUAUUGUGAAACAA